GCCCCGCCCGCUCAGCGCAGGGCCGCAGCCGCCAUGGCCGCGCUGCACGCCAAGGCCGGCGGACCUCCGCAGAUCCCCGAUACCCGGCGGGAGCUGGCCGAGCUGGUGAAGCGCAAACAGGAGCUGGCGGAGACGCUGGCCAACCUGGAGCGGCAGAUCUACGCGUUCGAAGGCAGCUACCUGGAGGACACGCAGAUGUACGGCAACAUCAUCCGCGGAUGGGACCGUUACCUCACCAACCAGAAGAACUCCAACAGCAAAAACGACCGCAGGAACCGCAAGUUUAAGGAGGCUGAGCGGCUCUUCAGCAAAUCCUCGGUCACUUCUGCAGCGGCGGUCAGUGCGUUAGCUGGAGUUCAGGAUCAGCUCAUUGAGAAGCGUGAACCGGGCAGCGGGACGGAAAGCGACACCUCUCCAGACUUCCACAAUCAGGAGAACGAACCCAGCCAGGAGGAUGCUGAGGAGCUGGAUGGAUCUGUGCAGGGGGUGAAACCCCAAAAAGCCGCUUCCUCCACUUCUGGGAGCCACCACAGCAGCCACAAAAAACGGAAGAACAAAAAUCGGCACAGCCCGUCUGGCAUGUUUGAUUAUGACUUUGAGAUUGAUCUCAAGUUAAACAAAAAGCCGAGAGCUGUAAGUAUCAGUGCUCUGUCAUUGUUUUUGUUGCUCAUCCUGGAAAGCCUCCUCUGCCGUGAUAGGAGAUGUUGUUUGUUGUGCUUGGGGAAUGUGUAGGGAUGAAGUGUAAGCGUUGUCUUCCAGAUUUGAUAGUGAAAAAGCCCAGGUGGGCUCAUUACGGAGCAAGGUUGCACUUCAGCCGUGUGCACGUGAACAAAAAAGCUGUUCUGCAUCUUUCUGUUCUGUCAUGAAGUGCACCAAUAAAAGCACCUGGUUUGGGCUGAAAACAAAUCUCUUUUCUCUUUUGCCUUCAGCUCAUGGCGUGUAGAAUGAGAGAAGGCAAGGAAUCCCAGCUCUGCCAGCAGAGGUGGAAGUAGAAAGGUCUUAACGUGCCCAUCUUCUGUCUCUGCAGGACUACUAGACACAUCAGUGCUGAAGAUUCUGGGAUCCGGUCCUACAUGAAUCCCCACCAAGAAUAACUCCAGUCAUCUGAACGAGCACAGUGGCAGCUCUCUGGCCACGUGUGUGCAGAAGGGAGCCAUCCACUCUAACCAGCUCAAGGGGGAGAAAGCCUUGGACAUGUCUUUGCAUCAUUUGUAGACACCCUGACUGACAGGAGAUGAAGGUGUAGUAGUAGUAGUCCUCAAUUCCUGGCUAUUCUGUGCUUCCAGCUCAGUCAGGAGCUUCCUUCAAUUGGCUGAUCUUAGUGCUGCCUCUGUAAAACCGUGGGGAGGCAUUUCCUUUCCUGCUGGAAUAGGGCUGUGAUUCACUGUGUCCCAUCCACGCUGUAAGACUUAGGUUCCUUUUGUUACUGAGACGUAGCUUUGUGGUUUUGUUUGUUUCUUUGUGGUUUUGUUUUGUUUUUUUUAAACCAAAGUGCAUCGUUAAUAAAUGGGCUUCUGGUUUGUUUUAAUGCCUGUAGAGAGGAAGGCUCUUCGUUCUGUGGAACAGCUCAGUUUGGUUUGUAGGUAAGCAGAGAACAAAGCAGUCAUCCAGUUUCUCUGACUUUUCUUUUGAAUGCCAUCCCCUGAAGUUGGCACAGUGCUUUUAGACGCAGAGGAGGCUGGAGCUCAGAGCCACCUUGCUCUCUGCUAUCUUUUGACAUUGGGUAGAUUCUCUUUUUAAUACAAACUUCCCUCAUUUGUACAUAAACAAUAAAAGUCACAUUCGUCUCUC